AUGACACCAAUGUUUCACCAGUUCUUAAAAAUUUGCAUGCAAGAUUUUCCUGAAACCCUAGAGUACACGAACACCGAUGGAAACAAUGGCACCGCGACCACUACUGUCCUGAAAAGGGAGAUGCUGUUCAUUCCUGAAGGAGACAGCAACAGCCAGGACAACAUUGAAAUUCCCACCUGUGUAAACUACAGACUGCACAAAUCCCGGGGCAAUCACAUACUGGACUCAUGUGUACAGUUAAUAGACGAGCACCUGGGCGCCAAGUAUCGCCGGGCCUCACGCACUAUGUACGGCAACCGCAAACCCUGGAAAGCAAAUAAACUCGCAGAGAUGAAAAGCCCAAACCUAGUGUACGUGAGUUACUGGGACAACGGCGCGCUGGCCGCCUUUGCCUCAUUCAUGCUUACAGAGGAAACGGGGCUCGUCGAAGGCGAUGCUGCACACGAGGUUAGCGUUCCCGUGAUCUACCUUUACGAAGUGCAUGUAGCUUGUGUGCAUCGUGGGCAUGGAAUCGGUCGGCGGCUAUUGGAGCGUGCGCUCUGCGAGGGCGUAGCCCGCCAUGUCCGCUGCUUGUACGAAGAAUUCUUCGGUGUUGCACUCACCGUGUUUAGCGAUAACACGCGUGCCCGACGGCUGUAUGAAGCACUGGGGUUCUAUCGUGCUCCAGGAUCACCCGCAGCAGGGGCACCAACCACUCGUCCAACGCGACACGGUGGAGAACGUGUUGUCGUGCCACGCGAUCCGCUUUAUUACGUAUAUUGCCUUCACAUGCCGUGA